AUGGGCGCCAUUUACGAGCCAGCCGCGCCGUCAACCCCAUGCAUCGUUGUGGCCACAACGCCGCCGCAUUCCUGUGACGCUACCCUAAUGCCUCGCUGUUUUCCACGCAAUCGAAGCGAUAGGAGGAUCUUGCGAAUCUUCCAAGCCAACGUAGGCAAGAUUCCGCCGGCACACGAUUGUGCCCUUGCGUUGGCCGACUCGGAACAAUACGACAUUAUUUUGUUGCAGGAGCCAUGGACAGGACUGAAAGAUGGCCGAUGCCUCACUAAGACGCAUCAGGCCUACGACACCUUCUCACCCGUCAACGACUGGGACGGCCGCGACACUCGCCCGAGAGUCAUGACAUACGUCCGGCGUUCCGCAGGUCUCGUCGCUGAUCAAAAGAGACCUGCGGCGACUCGUGACAUCCUUUGGCUCACCGUCAACGGCAUAACAGUCGUCAACUUCUAUCGGCAGCCGUACCACGACGGAGCCCUUGAAAUCUUGCUUCAGUGGACCGUACCGGACAAGUGUCUUGUUGCUGGUGAUUUCAAUGCCAAACAUCCCAGCUGGCAGGCCGGUCGACGAGAGGACCGCGGCGAAGAAAUAGCGUUUUGGGCAAUGGACAAUCGACUCGGCUUACUGAAUCCUGUCGAUGUCCCGACCAACGCACACGGCAAUACGGUUGAUCUCGCCUUCUGCAACAUACCUCUGGCCGACGCUGUUGUCGAGGAUCAUCUAGCAACCGGCUCCGAUCAUUUUACCCUUAGUAUCACGCUGCCAGGACAAGUUCUGGCACCCCUUCCAAUAGGAAAGAUCCAUCUCAACUCCGACGAGGAAUUGAAGCGAUUCAUUGAAUUAGUGGAGGCCGGUGCCGCCUUCAUCCCGAUCACCACGGCAUCUCCUUCCGAGCUCGACAGCUUUGCGUCGGCGCUCGUGAACCUUCUUGGUUGUGCAGCCAGAGCUGCCGGUCGACCUGCCCGUAAGACUACGCAUGGUGCGCGGUGGUGGACUGAAGAAUGCGCAAAGGCGGCGGCCAAUUACCGCGCCGUGGUGCGCCGGGCCAAGCGCCUUUACUGGCGUAACUUGAUUGACAGCUUCACCGAUAGCGCCUCCGUCUUCAGGGCGGUCCGCUGGCUGAAGUCUCCAGGUCCGUUUCAAGCUCCUCCCCUGCAAAUUGACGACCGAGUGUAUGAGACGCAGCUGGAAAAGGCCACCGCCUUGCGACAAGCCACUCUGGAACGGCGCACGGCGAACGACGACAUCCCAGAUCCGUGGAUCUCCGUGAACACAGAUAGGACGAUACCCUUCACCGACCGAGUCUCUCCGGAGGAGACCCGCGACGCCACGCUACGCACCGGGAAUACGUCCCUGGUCCCGACAAUAUUACGGAUUGGCCACCAUCCGAAGCCCUUCCGAGAAGCAGAAGUGGUCAUGAUUGCCAAGCCGGGGCGCAGGGAUCUCACAUCCCCUUUGUCCUGUCUCGGCAAGGGCCUCGAGCGGCUCAUCGCACGGCGUCUAGCGUGGGCCUCGGUCCAUUUCGGCGUACUACACCCACAACAAGCCGGCGCGCUCCCGAAGAGAUCGGCCGUGGAUCUCGUUGCUGCCUUGAUUCAUGACAUCGAGGAGGCAUUUGCCUGCAAGCAGGUUGCAACAUUGGUGACUUUGGACAUUCAGGGCGCCUUCGACACAGUCCUCCGCAACAGAUUGAUCCUUCGCCUACGGGACUCAAAAGGGCGUUUCGGCUAUGCGGACGACACUGCCAUCCUUUGCGUCGGCGAUAGCCUGGAUGAGACGUCCGCCGAAGCAUCUCAUCAUGUGCGUGAGCUUGUAUCGUGGGGCGCCGCCAACGGGAUCUCCUUCGACCCUGAGAAGACAGAAGUGAUGCACUUCUCUCGAACGACGCCCAAGACGGCGCCGCCAGUGCUCCAUGGCGAAUUUGAGAAACGGCCGGGCCGGGCGAUGCGUUGGCUCGGCGUCUGGCUCGACAGCACUCUGUCUUUCAAGACUCAUGUCGAGAAAUGGACGGCCAAAGCGCAAGCAGUCGCCUUCCAUCUCAGGAGACUGACAAACACCAGGCAUGGUCCUCUACCGAGCGCUGUGCGACGAGCGGUCUGCGCUUGCGUCAUUCCAGUGCUGCUCUACGCGGCGGAGGUCUGGUAUCCUGGUUCUACGCGCCCGCGCUGGACCAAGCCGGGCAAGGAAGGACCGUCCAGGAUCGGACACCUCGUAAAGAAGAUGAGCAAGGCACUCUACACAUCUCUUCGGGCUAUCCUGCCAGUGUGGAGAACUACACCAACGAAUGUUCUGCACCGGGAGGCAGGGAUACCGCCGGUCCCUCUGCUGCUCGAGGCGCGCCGGACUGCAUUUGCUGCGCGUCUCAAAUCCCUGGACGAAGCUCAUCCGCUCGCUGCGGCGCUCCGACGAAUUGCUACCAAGCUGCCCAAGGCCUGCCUUGCUGCAGCGCGGAUUUGUCGAAGAGCAGACUGCGCCUCUGCAGAGUGCAUCGAAAAUGAGACGGCGAAGAAAUUUCGCGAUUGGCUCCAGGCACUAUCGCCCCGAACUCUGGUCGUCUAUUCCGACGGGUCCCGUUCUACCGAAGGCCACGCCGGAUAUGGCUAUGUUGUUCAUCGGGACGGAUCCACCGUCUUGCGCGACAAGGGCCGUCUCGGGCCCGCCGAGAUUUUCGACGCUGAGGCGAAAGGUGCGUUGGAGGGGUUGAAGGCUGCGGUGAGCCUUCCAGAAACUGACCGCAUCUUUGUCUGCCUCGACAACCUUGCGACCGCAACAUGCUUACGGGGCACGCCGAGCGACUCCUCGCAAGAGGUCUUCCUUGAGUUUCAAUCUUUGGCGGGAGCAUCACUGCCAGAACCCGCUGAUAACGUCCCGACGCUAGCGCACCUGCGAAAGAUUGCCCGACAGCAGCCGGAAGAGGCUUUCAAGGCCUGGUGGGAAGCCUCUGCGCCGGAGCGAUACAGAGACCUGAGGCUUAAAGCCACAACCAGCUGCCCGUCAGAAUUGGCGCUCUCUCGGCCCCUGCUUCGUUUGGUCACGACAAUGCGCGACUGA